UGCUCCAAUUUCACAGAACAACCCUGGAGACCCAGUGUAGUUAAGACAGAUUUAGAAACAGAGAGAGAGGCAGACAGAAACCGGGAAGAGGCAAGCUGAGGCAAAAAUGAGAGCGAGAGGCAGAUAGGCAGAGGAAGACGAUACUUUCAUCUCAACUGCAACACCUUAUCACUCAUUGCAUAAGUCCCUACAUCACCAUGGCAACGACAGAACAGCACUGAGAGAGAGGGAAGAAGACAAAGCGAACAAAAAGGGGGGAGAGGGAGUGAGAGAGAGAGGACCAGCUGGAAGCCCUGGUCUAACGUGCAAAGUUGACGGGAGGAGAGGAGCGAGACCGGAGCGAGGCACAGGCGUCAGAACAUGGCUCUGUGCGCAGCGGUGAUCAUCUGCCUGUCCACUGCGCAGCUGGGGAGAGUUUGGGCUCAGGAGCGAAGAGGUGGGGCGUACGGGUCAGCGUGGACUGCGGAGGGCUCGCUGGGCCUCCACAGGGACCACAGGCACCCGGAAUCCCUCCCGGACACGGGCCGGCCCAGAGCGGCCCGGGACACGCUGGGGGGAGGCCUGGCUAUCGACACCCUGCCCGACAACAUGACCCGUAUUGUGGAGGACUCUCAGAAGUACUACUCUUGGCGCAGUUAUGGCCCAACAGACAAGCGCACAGAGGAGCUGUGGGUGGACCUGGGUGCUGUGGAGCACAGUCACGUCAGAGUGCAUGGUAUCCUGUCCAACACACGGCGUCAGGCUGUGCGGGUGGCCCUAUCAUUUGAUUUCCCCUUCUACGGACACUAUCUGAGGCAAAUCACCAUAGCAACAGGAGGAUUCAUCUUCACAGGGGAAGUCACGCAUCGCAUGCUGACGGCCACUCAAUACAUCGCCCCGCUCAUGGCCAACUUCGACCCUAGUUACUCCAGGAACUCCACCGUGCAGUACCUGGACAACGAGGACGUGUUUGUGGUGCAGUGGGACAAGGUGCGGCUGCAGGACCAGGAGGCGCAGGGGGUGUUCACUUUCCAGGUUGCCCUCCACCGCACCGGGACCAUCGUCUUCAGCUACAGAGAUGUUCCAUUGUCGGUGGAGGAAAUAAGCUCAGAUACACACCCAGUGAAGGUGGGCUUAUCUGAUGCCUUCAUGGCCCAUCUCGCCGCAUCACAGGCCCCAGAUUCACGACGACAAACAAUCUACGAGUAUCAUCGAGUGGAGAUAGACACAACAAAGAUCACCAACCACUCUGCCUUUGAGUUCACCCCACUGCCCACCUGCCUGCAGCACGGGAGCUGCGACAGCUGCAUCUCCUCCAACCUGACGUCUGGCUGUGGCUGGUGCAACGUCAUUCAGAGGUGCUCAGAUGGAAUAGACAGACACAGACAGGAGUGGCUGGACUAUGGCUGCUCAGAGGAGGCUAAGGGUGCCGUGUGCGAGGAUUACGCAACGUCGGACCCCCACGGCUUCACGGGUCCCUAUAACCCCUCCAGCCCUGAGCCCACCCCCUCAGCGGAAGCCCUGCCCGAAAGCCCCGUGACCGAUGAUGACACCAAACUUCUCAUUCACUACAAUGGCAAUGAUCUACAGACAGGUCCUCCAAGGGAGCAGGGGGCGCCAGAGCACACUGGAAUCAUUGCAGGCGUGGUGACAGCUGUGGUUCUGCUCGUUAUCCUGACGCUGCUGGCUCUCUACUACAUCAACACGCAUCCCACUGUCGCCCCGCCGUUCUACCUCAUGCAGCAACGUACAAACAACUACUGGCCGUCCAUGAAGUUCCGGAACCAAGGCUGCCACUCCAGCUACGCGGAGGUGGAGGUCGGGGGUCAAGAGAAGGAGGGAUUCAUCGAGGCUGAGCAGUGCUAAGGAGACUGGACACGCUGCUUUCAGGACUGGGGCCGGAAAGGGUGCCACUGGCGGGUCUUUUUUUUUGUGGGGGGGGGCAUUAAGAAAUGGACUUGUCUCGGUGGUAAAAAUGCAAUGAGAUUUUAGCCGUCAUUACUGCAAUUAAUGUACAGUUAAUCUUUAUACCGCUUUCUGUUUUUUGUUUGUUUUCACAAGGAGAAUGGAAAUCCGUUUUACAAAGCGUCUUGUUGAUCAAUGACUAUGUUUCAUAUGAUACUCCUAUUUUAGCCGUGUGGAUUCGACUAGCUCUGUGGGUAAUGUGCAUCUCUACAGUGAUGACAGAGGUGAUAAGAGCGACAGACAUCCAGUAAACCUCUGAUGAGACUUUUGCCAAAGUUGCUCGUGCGCUAAGCUGUAAAUGUUGCAAUAAGAGAAAACUUUGCUUAUUAGGCAUUGGGCCUUCUUGCCAAAUCCGGGCAGGAUGCUUUUUUAUAGUGAAUUAUGUUGAAUCGUAAUUUUUGGCUCUCUCCAGUGCGACCUGGGGACCAGGUUCCAUGAGUUCCUGGAGAAACUCAUAAACUUAAAACAUGGAACUGGUUGCAGGAUCCCUGGGGACCAAGAACAACCUGCAAACAUUACAUUCUGCAAUCACAUUGUGGUGUUAGCAGAUGAGUAAUAGCAGCUUCGAAUCAAAGCUUUGACACUCUGACUGAUUUCAAAAGUAGCUUGUACUUUUGCUUUGGUCCACUACUAAGUCCCACAGUAGCGGUAAACUUUUGGUCUAAAACUUAGCAGAUCAGCAUUGCAGAGAUACAGAGUAUUUUAAAUGCUCUUUUACUUUUGUCAUGUAAACAUACACAGUUGUAGCUCAUACAUAAAUAGGCACCUUGUCAAACGAAAAUAGCAAAAUCCCCUUUAACUCCAACGCGGAAUCAAAAUCACAUGACAGUGCCCUUCAUGGAACAGGCUUCACCAAUCCCUGCCGCGGUGUGUUUCUAAUGGGAGACCGGAGUAGUGUGUGGGUUCGAUCAAAAGUGUUUGGAAAGUGUUUGGGCUCUCUCAGUCACCUCAAGGAAAGCAGUCCCACCCUGCAUCCCCAAGAGACUGUAUGCUUGCACACUCUCGAUCGCAGGAAUCUCGACCAGGUCUGACAUGGAGUCCUGAAGACCACGCAUAAAAGCACGGGAAGGUCGAUGGCCCCCGGUGACAACGCCCCUGACCAAGCCGUUGUCACCAGGGACUCCAGAAUGGACUUCCGGAUUUUGGGAUUUCUGUUCUGUAGUGCAGCUACAUGAAUACACUAUAUCAACAUUGUAUAAAAGAGUAAAUACACCAUGACAACAAAUCAAUAAAUGAUUUUCUGAUUGUAAA